GUCGAUAUCUACAUCGUCGACUCGGGUGUCAAUGUCGAUCACAAGGAAUUUCAGGGAAGAGCUCGGUGGGGCUUUGUCGCGCCUGGUUAUGGCCGGCAGGAUAAGCUCGGACAUGGCACACAUGUCGCUGGUCUCGCUGCUGGCAAGACUUAUGGUGUCGCAAAAGGAGCCAACAUCAUCGCCGUCAAGGUCAUGGGAGAUGGUGGUGCUGGUGCUGCGUCAGACAUUAUCGCCGGUAUAGAUUGGGCUAUUACCCAAGCUGUCAAAGCGCGAAAGGCGAGCAAACGCCGCUCCGUCAUCAACCUCUCCCUCUCUGGACCCGCCCAUCCCGGUCUCGACAAGAUGGUUCUCGCCGCCCUCAAGAAGAACAUCCCCGUCGCCAUCGCCGCCGGUAACACUGGAGACAACGCCCGCGCCUACUCGCCAGGUCGAGUCGGUCCCGCUCUCACCGCAGGCGCCAUCGACAAGAAGUACACGUACUGGCACAUGUCGGCUCGGGGCGGCGGUGUCGAUCUUCUCGCGCCCGGUGUGGACGUCCUUUCCACCUGGAUUACAUCCAACGUCGCUACCACCACCCUCUCCGGCUCGUCCAUGUCCUCCCCUCAGGUCGCCGGACUCAUCGCGUAUCAUCUCUCCCUCUACCCCCUCCUCUCGGUCAAGCGUAUCAACAAGCGAUUGAAGCGGAAGGCAACCAAGGGUCUGAUCAAGAACUAUCCG